AUGCUCCGCAACAAGAUAGAUUUCUGUCUUGUUGUGUUAAAACCCAGAAUUUCGCAGCAUGGAUUCAAACGGCAUCUGAAUUGCUCGGAAAUCUCUGACUUUUUUUCUGAAGCCCCGGAGAAAAAAGUGCGGAGUUCUAGCAUAGAAAACACGUCUGUAACCCAGGUAUCUUCGUGAUCUUGUUAAACCAAUCGCUUGAACAUUACUGGUGUGUACGACUUGGCUAAAAAACGUCGGGUGUGUCGUCAAGCUCGUGUCAUUGUUUUCUGAUAAAGCCACGAAAGCUCAUUUAUGUAGUCAAAAUAUUAUAUUAUACGAAACCGUAAAUAUUGCAAGUGAGCCGGGAGCCGAAAUUUGCAAUUUCUUUUUCGAUCAAUUUUAUUCCUCAAAAUUCUCCGAAAGAAUGGCUGUGCUGUAUAAUUCAAAGUUUGUAGCAUUGACAAACGGCACUCUAUUUUUAAACCAUGCGUGGUAACACAUCGGUUUAUCAAACAAAGAGAAUUAAGUUAUCUGUAACGCAUACUCGUCAUAAUUUAGAUUAAUUAUUGAUAUCGAAGGCUUUUCCUUGUUUAUAAAACUAAGGAAUAAACGACAGUAGCGGAACAGUCUAAAGCGGGCUCUUUUGUCUUUCUCUCUUUUUUAUUCUAAACGUUAAUGGGUUUGAGAUCCAACUUAUACAAAAACAUGGAAAACUCUCGUCUCCAAGACAUUCUGAAAAACUUCUGGACGUUGAUCCUGCCUCAAAGACUCCCACUGGCGUCGUCUCUAUAGGAAAUCCAGGACAGGACUUUCUUCUGUCUCUUGAUUCCCGCACUCCAGUACUAUGGGUACCCGAUUCAGCAUGACAUUGUGGCGCUGAAUGUAAGAAUGGUAGGUAUAUCGUCAAUCAAGUUCUUGCACCCAAAAAAAUUGUUUCAAAUGUUAAUUUUUUCAGCGAAACUUUUCUUACUAA